AUGAAGCCCUUUGCCCGCCUGUAUCGCCCUCCCUCUGUGCCGCGAAGCACCAACCCGCAGAGGAUUUCCUUUAGUGCUUCAGCGGCUACCGGCGGUCAGUGUGCGGGAUUACUAAGGCGUACAGGCGCUGGCACAGCCAACAUGGCCCCUCCUCGGUCUAUGACCGACACAAGCCCCUCGGCCAGGCUGGCUGGAAUUGCCCGACACCUAUUAGCCGCCUCCUCUUCUCCGCACCCCAUUCCCGCAGCGUCUUCUCACCCAUCAACACCGUCUCGCCACCAGCUUCAUACUGCCUCCGCCGCCACACCACCAUCCACCAUGUCGUCCCAGCCAGAACACUCCACGCUGCUCAUCCCGGGCCCCAUUGAGUUUGACGAUGCCGUCCUGCAGUCGAUGAGCCACUACAGCGAGAGCCAUGUUGGCCCCGCUUUCGUCUCAACCUUUGGCGACGUCCUUGCCAACCUGCGCAAGCUCUUCCAAAACACGGACCCGACAGCGCAGCCGUUUGUGCUCUCGGGCUCGGGCACGCUGGGCUGGGAUCUCGCUGCUGCCAACCUCGUCGAGCCGGGCGAGGCUGUGUUGGUGUUGGGCACGGGCUACUUCAGCGACGGCUUUGCCGACUGUCUCCGCAUCUACGGCGCCGACGUCACCGAGCUCAAGGCCCCCGUCGGCAGCCGUCCCCAGCUGGCCGAGAUCGAGGCCGCCCUCAAGGCCCGCUCCUACAAGGCCAUCACGGUCACCCACGUCGACACAUCGACUGGCGUUCUGAGCGAGCUGCGCGACCUGUCGGCACUCGUGCACCGCGUGUCUCCCGACACCCUGGUGCUCGUCGACGGCGUCUGCUCUGUCGCCUGCGAGGAGAUCGCCUUUGACGAAUGGAAGCUCGACGGCGUCGUUACCGCCAGCCAGAAGGCCAUUGGCGUGCCGGCCGGCCUGUCCAUCUCUCUCUUCAGCGGCCGCGCCAUCAAGGCCCUGGAGAGCCGCAAGGAGCCGCCGAGGGCCUACUUUGCCUCCAUGAAGAACUGGCUUCCGAUCAUGAGGAACUACGAGGCCAAGAAGGCAUCCUACUUUGCCACGCCGUCGCCCCAGCUCGUCCACGCGCUGGACACGGCACUGAAGCAGAUCCUCUCGGUCCCCCUUGCCGAGCGCUUUGCCAAGCACAAGGCCGCGUCCGACAAGAUCAAGGCCCACAUUGCAGAGCUGGGCCUCAAGCAGGUGGCUGAGAACCCCGACUACCAGGCGCACGGAAUGACUGCCAUCUACCUGCCUGAGACGGUCACGCAGGCACAGAUUCUGCCCAGUCUGGCCAAGCAGAAGGUGGUGUUUGCUGGCGGCAUCCACAAGGAGAUCGCGUCCAAGUACAUUCGCUUUGGCCACAUGGGUGUCAGCGUGCUCCAACCCGAGAGAGGCGACAUCGACCGCGCCCUCAAGGCCCUCGACACCGGGCUUGCCGAGUUUGGAUACCAGAAGGCGUAA